AUGCGUCCCUUUGUCGCCGCUCUUCCGGUUUUCACCGGCAUCCUUGCCCUGGCCACCGCGGCAGAGCUGCCUCUCACUCCCGUCACCACAUUUCCUGCCGUCAGACCAACGCCCGCAACUUACGUCUCCCCCAACCCAACUGGCACCCCAACCAGUCCGGAAAAGUGCUCGCAGGUUGCCGCCCGCAUUACACCGCAGCUCACACCCAAGCCGACGUACGCGCCGUCCCUCAAGGCCAUGGCCGACAAGAUGGGUGGCGUGGAGCGCGACACAUGCGGCGAGAUGGACUUCAAGGGCCGCUUCAAGACGUCUGGGCCCGGGGAUCUGAACCGUUUCCAGCAGAUUCGCCACUCGACAUUCAUCCUGCCCAUCUGGGCCAAGGUGUCGGAGCUUUUCAACGCCUGUGGUGAAGAGACCACCAGCAAGAUGACGCAGAUUGCACAAGAGCCGUGCUACCGCUGGGCGCUCGACCUCUCAAAGACCUCCAACUCGUCGGGCAAGGGCAAGGACGGUUUUGACAAGCCGACCUGGAGGCUGGCACGGCCCAGAGCAGGAUUUCGAACACCGCUGUCGUUGGCGUUAUCGGGGUCUUGA